UCUAUGAGGAGAGAAGGGAUCCCGACAUGAAUUCGGCCGAGCAAACGGUAACGUGGCUCAUAACGCUGGGGGUCCUGGAGUCUCCCAAGAAAAGCAUAUCGGAUCCAGAGGCUUUCCUCCAGACCUCCCUGCAGGAUGGAGCGGUGCUCUGCAGGCUGCUGGAGCGGCUCAGACCCGGGACGGUGGACAAAUUUUUCCAGGAGCCGAGGAGCGACAGCGAAUGUCAGAAGAACAUUACCGAGUUUAUUAAAGGCUGCGGGGCUUUCAAUGUGGAGCCAUUUGAGGUCAGUGAUCUCCUUCAGGGACUGAACUUCUCCAAGGUCCUCAACUCCCUGGUUGCCCUCAACAAAGCCACUGAAGAUAUUGGUGUGGGUGGGGACAGUGUGUGUGUGCAGCACUCCUCAACAUUGCGAAUCAAGUCAUUUGAUUGUCUCAACACUCAGAAUCGCUCCUCCAAGCUGCUGCAGCCUCAGUACCGCAGCCUGGACAUGUCGGAGGGCAGUGGGUGUGGUCAGCUGCUGGUCAAGGCCCGCUUUGCCUUCCAGCAGACCAAUGAGGAUGAGCUCUCCUUCUCCAAGGGUGAUAUCAUCAGCGUGAGCCGGCAAGAAGAGGGGGGUUGGUGGGAAGGCUCGCUCAAUGGCAAGACUGGCUGGUUCCCCAGUAACUAUGUACGGGAGCUUAAAGGAGGAGAUAAGCCAGCAUCUGAUAAGCCCAAAUCAGGAACCCUGAAAAGUCCCCCAAAGGGGUUUGACAACACAAUCAUCAGUAAGACCUACUACAAUGUGGUCCUGCAGAACAUCUUGGAAGCAGAGAGUGAAUAUUCAAGAGAGCUCCAGAGUCUCUUGGCCACAUAUCUGCGCUCCCUUCACCCCAGUGACAAACUAAGCAGCAGUGACAUCACUCACAUUCAGGGAAAUCUGGAGGAGAUCUCGACCUUCCAGCAGAUGUUGGUUCAGUCGUUGGAGGAGCGUACCAAGCUCCCAGAAUGUCAGCAGAGAGUUGGGGGGUUCUUCCUGAGUCUGAUGCCCCAGAUGAAGAUGCUUUAUGUGGCUUACUGCUCUAACCAUCCCUCAGCUGUCAACGUACUCACUCAACACAGUGAGGAGCUGGGGGAGUACAUGGAGUCAAAGGGAGCGUCCAGUCCUGGCAUCCUGACUCUGACCAUGGGCCUCAGUAAACCUUUCACCAGAUUGGACCGAUACCCAACCCUGCUGAAAGAGCUGGACAGACACAUGGAGGACCACCACCCUGACAGAGCAGACCUCCAUACCUCCAUGACAGCCUUCAAAAACCUUGCAUCUCAGUGCCAGGAAGUGAGGAAGAAGAAGGACUUGGAGUUGCAAAUUCUUACGGAGCCAAUCAGGAACUGGGAGGGAGAUGACAUCAAAACCCUGGGUCCAGUCCUCCACAUGGCCCAGACCAUCGUUCAUACACAGAGCUGUCAGGAGACAAAUGAGCGCUACCUCCUCCUCUUCCCUCAUACUCUGCUCAUGAUCUCUGCCAGCCCGAGGAUGAGUGGAUUCAUCUACCAGGGGAGGGUCCCGCUGUCAGGAAUGCUCAUCUCCAGGAUAGAAGACGGAGACAACCUCAGGAAUGCUUUUGAAAUAUCUGGCACCCAGAGUGAGCGGAUGCAAGUGGUGUGUCACAGUCAGCAAGACCUACAGGACUGGCUGGAUCUUCUUACUAAACACACACACACCACCGCCACACACACACCCAAGCCUCUGUCUGUGUGUCACACGCUGCCGUCCCACCCCGUCACUCCUUCCAGACAUUCAGAGUCUCGCGGAGGGAGCGGUGUACCAGCCUACCACACCCUUCCCCACCCCUCUUCAUACGGGACGGCUCAAAGUGCCGGCCCGAUGUGGGGGCCCCUAGAGCCGCCCAGCACCCCCAAACCCUGGAGCCUCAGCUGCCUUCGCCCAGCACCUCCUCUUCGACCAGCUGCUGCUCUCUGUUAUAAGGAGGACAUAAAUAAGAGUCCGAAGAACAUGAAGAAGCUCCUCCCGAAGAGGAAGCCAGAGAGGAAACCCUCAGAAGAGGACUUUACCGUGAGGAAGAGUACAGCAGCUUUAGAGGAGGACGCUCAGAUACUGAAAGUGAUUGAGGCGUAUUGUACCAGUGCCAAGACACGACAGACCCUCAACUCCACCUGGCAAGGGACUGACCUUAUGCACAACCACGUGCUCGCUGAUGCCAGCCUCACCGGCAACCCACCAUGUUCUGACCAAUCAGAGGACUCGGAUUAUGACAGUAUCUGGACCGCCCAUAGUUACAGGACUGCCUCGGUUUCUCGUUCUAGUCGGAAGGAUGUACACAUGUUGUUCCCAGAGGAGGAGAAAAUAAUAGUGGAGGAGACCAGGAGCAAUGGACAGACUGUUGUGGAAGAGAGGAGUCUAGUGGACACUGUGUACAGUCUAAAAGACGAAGUCCAGGAACUCAAACAGGACAACAAGAGGAUGAGGAGGACACUGGAGGAGGAGCAGCGAGCAAGGAAGGAGCUGGAGAGGAUCGUCAGGAGAGUGCUGAAGAACAUGAACGACCCGACCUGGGACGAAACUAACCUCUGAGAUAAAUAUGUAUUUUAACAUCAUGGACCAGACCAAUUCCCAAUCGGUCAGUGACCAAACGGUUCAACUGGCAUGGGUCUUUGACUGCUGGUACCUUUGGAGACAAGCCGUCAAUAGCCAAUGCUUUGUACCACUACUCUAUAUCCAUAGAUUUGACCAUUUUCAUGCCAAAAAAAAAUUCUAAGAAUUCAGUGUUUCCUCAAGAAUGCUUUUCUUGUCAGGGUGGAAGGGCCUCUGAAACAGCAUUUAGACCAUCGGGGACACUAAAACUUUCCACUGUAACACAGUCUAAUGAAAUUAUUUCAGGUGGGUUAAGGCAGAUCAGGCAGGUUUCACUACAGGUUUUACACAUUGGUGUGUACAUUCCGCCACACCACGCUGGAAUCAUUGCUCUGGUCAAAUAUCUGAUAUGAACUAGUAAUAAAACAUACUGCCUAGCUGUAAUCAGGGAGGAACCGCAGUCAUAUCAGAGGUGGACCACACUGACUGAAUGAUAUCUGAUUUUUAUUAAAGAGCCAAUAUCAGUCAACUGAUAUACAAUUUAACCCCUACUUUGAACUUCACAGUGACCUGUAAACAAAACUCUGGACCAACAGAAAAUGCCAGCCAUCAGCAAAGCCAUCCUAACUGACCGAAAAGCUGUGAAGCCAAAUUAGCUGGUAGGCAUGACAACAUCACCUCCUGUCAUGCUGCUUUUAGUCUUCUCUAGACAGUUUUCUGAGGAGUGCUGAGGAAAUAAUCACACUUUUCCAUGUUUUUUUAUGCAUUGAGGAUUAAAAUUUUUGCCACAGCCAGAACAGCACUUUUUUGCCAGCCUAGUUUAAAAUAUUGUUAACUAACCAGAAUAAUAACGUGUUAAAGCUUGCGUAGGUAACUUUUGUCUUCAUAAUGUUGACAAACCACCAUUACACACAGAGCCAAACUAAAUACACUGAGGCUGCUCCUGGGGCUGUAAUCUCAUUUGUUAAAAUCCAUUUGACAGUGGCGGUUCUGCCUAUGUUGCCGGCCUAGGCGGUAACGGUAACGGCCGCUACCGGUGCUCCUCCGGCCACUAGAGUCGCCCCUUCCAGAGCCGGCCAUGCUGUGCACGGUACCUUUUCAGCAAGCAGGGGCGCUUGCCACUGCAUAGAUAAUAGAAAACCGCUCCACGCCGGGUUUUUUGGGGGGUGCUAUCAUCAGAGGUUAGUCUAGCCCCCGCCCCC